ACAUGAGCUCUGGAAGGGGUGGGGGAUCCUCUACUCCCCCCCCACCAGGGGCCUGAUUGACAGAAGAACUGGCCAAUCCUGGUUCUCAGGAGGUGGGUCUGCCUACUGACCACUAGGUGGGGGAGCCCCAGGCUGCCAGCUCAAAAGAGGCCCUGGGUCAGUAAGCUGAGUGGAUCAACCAGGCAGACAACUCUGAAUACCCCACUUUUCAUCAGUCAGAUUUUUGUUUUGGGGUUUUUUUUGUUUCUAGGGUACAAGAAUAGGAGGACACCUGACUCUCCCUUCUGCAGGGGGGUAGGUGUAUCACUUGUGCCUAGUAGACUCUGUUUUCCUUAGGAUGGCCACAGGGAGAAUGGGGUACCCGGAUGCCUGGCUCCUACUGGUACUGCUAUGGGCACUAGCAGGGGCUCAGAGAUCAGGACCUCGGUGCCCAUCAUGUGGGUUACUCACACUAGGACCCCAGGAAGAGAGGGCCCUGGUACUGGAGCUGGCCAAGCAACAGAUCUUGGAGGGGCUACAACUGACCAGCCGUCCAAGUGUAUCCCAUGCUCCCCACCCUGCGGUCCUGGCCAGAGCCUUAAGAAGACUUCAGUCUAAGAAGGUGGCCCAGAUGAACCAGGUGGAGACAAUCAGCUUUGCAGCAGAAACAGGCUCUUCCUCCACUCCAGCCUGUGGAUCUAUUCUCAACUUCCAUCUCUCCACUCCCUUACACCUACCUGCAUACCACAUCCGUCUUUGGUUGCACCUGCAUCCCGCCCUAGCUGGUACUCCUUCCAUUCAAAUCUUCCAGUGGGGUUUGGAGAGAGGGGUCCAGGGAAGUCAAACCCUGCUGGCAGAGCAUCGAAUGACUACUCCAGGAUGGAAUGCUCUUACCUUGCCUGCUCAUACACUAGAAGGCACUGGCUCUGGUGUUCUGAAAUUCAAGCUGGUCUGCAGGCCUCAUGUAGGCAACACCACAGCUGCCAGACACUUACUUCUGGAUACAGCUGGACACCAUCAACCCUUCCUGGUGAUUAGGACUCAAGCCAGAACACCUGGGGGGGAUCGGGCCAAAAGGAGGACUCCUACAUGUGAGCCUGGGAGUCUUCUGUGCUGCAAGCGGAACCACUAUGUAGACUUCCAGGAAUUGGGCUGGCAAGAUUGGAUCUUGCAGCCUGAGGGGUACCAGCUAAAUUAUUGUAGUGGACAGUGCCCGCCCCACCUGGCUGGCAGCCCAGGCAUUACUGCCUCUUUCCAUUCUGCUGUCUUCAACCUUCUCAAAGCCAAUAGUCCUUGGCCAUCUGGUCCCUCUUGCUGUGUUCCCACAGCCCGUCGGCCACUCUCCAUCCUCUAUCUUGACCAAAGUGGCAAUGUAGUCAAGACUGAUGUACCUGAUAUGGUAGUGGAAGCCUGUGGUUGCAGCUAGCAAGGGGGUUCAAGGGAUUCAGAGCUAGACAGAGUGUGAAUAGUGUUGGUCCACUGAAGAAAGGGGUCAGCAGGUCAACGGCUGAGGCUAAUUCCUGACAUCCCUUCCCGGGUGACCUGGUAGUCUGGCCCCACGGGCUAACCCUGAUGAGUCCAACCUGGGACUUUCAGUGUCCAGUUUCAGGCUGGCUGGAGAAUGGGGAGAUGGGUAGGGCAUUCCUCUAAAUGGUUCUUACCAGAAAAGGAUUCCUAUCCUGAACACUCCAUAAAAGAGAUGGCUAAGGGGUGGGGAGGGAGGGGUCAGAAAAACUGCUUAGUGGCUUCUAAGAGAGUUGGAAUUUUCUGACAAAUAGAGGAGAGGGUGGGCAAUUAGGGCACGGGAGAGUGUGGUAUGGGGAGAUAUAUGCUAGGAAAAGGGGUUGGUGAGGUGCUUUUUGGGAACUGCUAAGAGGGAGAUGGACCCAGGGAAAGAGCCUGGGAUGGACUUAGAGAUAGGAGCUUGGAGAAGCUGAUGAGCCCCAUAAAGGAUCACCCUCUAGUUUUGCCAGAGGUGACGCCCUGCUGGGGAGAGAGAGAGACUUAUUUAUAUUUUCCUAAUAAAAA